AAAAGAUGCCACUAUAAUAACCAAGGCCUCGGCUUUAACAACCAGCUGUGAUUGUCCUUGACAUCUUGUAUAUCUAACCGUCUUUACACGCCAUAGCAAUCUCAACUUUGCUGGAACCAACAAGGGUUCUCCCAGAACACGCGCAGUUAAUGGCAGAAACAACGGACGUGGAAGGAGUUGAAGGAAGUCCAGAGGCACGACGUUCUGGAUUGUUAGAAGAGGAGGUAACAGAUGGGGAGACACCAGACGUGCAUAGCGUGAGUAUGCAACUAGAGAGAGCUAAAGAAAUCUACAGAGAAUUUGGAGGAAUUCAGGAUAAACCUAGCAAGGGUGAAGUUAUACUUUGGUGCUUCUAUGGACUGUGUUCAUAUUUUCUUCACACUGUUCUUAUUCCUAUACUGUUUCCGCUUAUUAUAAGCCAGAUUUUUAAAGUACCAGAGCCUAAGCAGGGGUGGGAGAAAAGCUUUGAAGGAUUUAGUUGCACUAAAAAGGAUAUGCAAGUGUACCAAGGUCUGACAUCAAAGUUGAUUAGUGUUAGCAGUUUGAAUUUCUCAGCAUUAGAGUGGACAUCAGUUUCAUGGUUUAUAGGGAUAAUCCUAUCAGCUCCGGUCCUUGGCAUCAUCUCAAUCAACCUUGACUAUGGCACACAGCCUCAACUUCUAGCGGGAGCAGUGACAGCUCUGGGAGCCAUAUUCUGUCUCCCUGCUGGAUUUUUUAGAACAUAUUGGAUCUUCCCACCAUACAUUGCAGCCAUUGUUGUAGCUGCAACUGUUGGCACCGCCUCCCACACACGUUCCCUUGGCCUCAUGGUUCAUGGUUUCAUUGGCUCCACCAUUCACAAAAGUGAAUUCACAUCAAGGCAAAGAAUUGCAAGCCGGCUUUCCCUUUAUGCCACUGCUGCUGGUUCUUUAGGUUCUGUCAUUUUUUCCGCCUUCACAUACCACAUGCUUCAUGGGCCAGAUAAGUUCACAAGCUUAUGGAUUGUUGCUAUUUUCAGUGGAUUAAAGUGGCUCACAGGAGUAGUACACAUCUUCACUGCUAAUAGGCCUAGCGGGAAUUCAUCAAUUUCUCCCAGCUCUGUUCCCAGAACAUACUUUGUUUCAAUUUUUCACUAUCCUCAUGCAGCUGGCAGUCUUGCAAGUGUUUUUCUUUCUUCCAUGGUUACAAUGUCCAUAUUUACAGGAGGUGUACUUUUUCUAGUAGGGCAACUUUGCUUGGAGCCAAAGACCAUUUUGUUUAUAUGGUUAACAUACUUUGCCUUCCCUUUAUUAUCCUUACCACUACUACAUCCACUCCAACAAUUCAUUAGGGCAGACGCAGUAAAAAUGCAGCUUCUAGGCUUUCUUCUUUCGACACUGAUCACGGGGUUUGGGCUAUACUAUCGCCACAAGAACUGGCAGAGCCAACAUGUGUUGUUCUUCACUGCAGUUCAAAGCACUGCUACCGGUGUCUUACAUGCUUUUGGAAGAAAUUUGUUGUUAGACUGUUCUCCCCCCGGAAAAGAAGGUGCAUUCGCAGUGUGGUUUUCAUGGGUGAGGGCUCUGGGAACAUGUGCAGGUUUCACGCUUGCAACAGCUGGCGCUGGGACAAUUGGAAGGCCAUUCGGGGUUGCUUUCUGUGCUUCUAUAUUCGGAAUCCUUGUACUCAUAUUUUCUAAUAUCAGUAACUUUGAAGGAGCUGUUGCAGCUGGAAAUUUGAGUGACCACAGUGACAAGGAUUAUGAAAAUCCAGACCAAACAGCCACAGCCUAAGCCUAAAUCUCAAGUCUCAACUUCAUACUUUGUAAUCAACUAUAAAACAAGAAACUCUAAAGAUGUCAUAUUCAUUACAAUUUCAAAAGUAACUUUGGUUAUAUCCAUCUGCAUUCUUUCUGUAAAAAACAUAAUAAUUCCUGUCUUGUAUCACCAACAAAUCGUGUAAACUGAUCCAUCUUCGGGAUAACUUUUCCUUUAUGUGAAUUGUGACAUUUAGCAUUUUAUUAAC